AUGAGUCGCCAGAUCAACUACGACGAGCCAACAGACUUCUCUGCAAAGCGUUCUGCCGUCUCUCCACAGCGGUUGUCGUCUUUCAGCCGCGCCCGCUCCACCAGCCGCGACCGCGCGGGAGCCUCGCAAUUCGGCUCUCAGAAUGCAAUCAACACCAAACCUCUGACGCAGGCCGACUCGCAAGGGGGCAAUCUCAAUCGAUGGUCGAAAUCGACCGGGUCCAGCACCGUGUCCCACACCGACAAACGCUCCAAUUCGUUCACGCGGCGAAUGUCGUUCGGGGGCGGCCCCAGUUCAUUUUUAGACACUUCAUCGCCGCCGAGAAAGCUGCAGAAGAACCGGCCCGCGACCGCCAAUUCCCCCUCGCCGCACUUGACAAUUACGCGGACGCCGUUUGAUUCUUCCUCGAUAACCCUCCCGCCGAUAAACACGCUCCCCGCUCUGCAGACUUCGGUGAGUACAUCUUCUCCACUGGCGGGUCCUACGACACCAUCACCGUCUACUGCCCAAAUAUUGUCCGCGGCGGCGCGUUCUGUAGAUUAUUUCGGGAGGGCUUGGGAGGAUUCAUCACUGGGGCCCAAGGAUUUUGCACAGAAAAGGUCGCCUUCAGCUUCGCGGUCCACGAACUUAGGUCCUUCACCGGUCCUUGGACCUGCUGCGGCGUUGGAAAACGGGACCAGUCGAUAUCAGUCAGGCGAAGACGAGCGGCAUAGGUCAAGAGGCCAUUCGAGGAAUCGCUCACAGGCGGGAAAGAGCAGUGCAGGCACAGGAUCUUCCAACAGAAGCUCGAAACAGCCGUCACAAAAAACCAUGCUUUCCAAGGCUCUUCAAAAAGCGAACACGGCUGUCCUACUCGACAAUGCGCAGAAUUUUGAAGGCGCCAUGCAGGCGUACUCAGAAGCUUGCACUCUGUUGCAGCAGGUUAUGUUGCGUAGCUCUGGCGAUGAGGAUAGGCGGAAAUUGGAAGCAAUUCGAAAUACUUACACCAGCCGAAUAAGUGAAUUGCGGAAGAUUGCGCCGCACCUCCGAGAUGAUGGUAAGGCUCUACCUGCAAGGCCAGAGAGUGGAGGAUACAGAGCAGAUGAAGUUCAAUCGCCGGUUGAUGAUGAUGAUGAUGAAGAGGAGGAACCUGCCAUUAUCGAGACUGCUACUGCCACGAGAAUUGUGAACGACCAAUCCUAUGCCCCUGAAACCCAACAAAGCCGUGCAAUCCUGCCAUCAGAGCUACCGGAACGUAGGGAGUCACUCCUCCCGUCCACCUUUGAGUCACUGCAAUACCGGCCAAAAACCACACAAGAUCAAUACAUGGGACGGUCUUAUUCGAAGUCCCCGAUGAGAGAACGGAUUGCAGAGAUGAGUUCAACACUCGCACCACCAAUGGACAGCUUAUAUAUGCCCCCACCUCUCUCACCCAGGCGUCCCUCCUCGCCGAUGACACAUGGUCGCUCAAACAGUAACCAUGAGAGACAAAGGUCAUCUGAUUUGUCAACUUCAAAUCAACCUGCGGCUCAACCGAAAAAGGGCCAUGCAAGGGCGGCAAGUAACGAGUCCAUGUCAUGGCUAGAUACUAUAGAUGAAUCUGGCGGCUCUACCGCUUCCUCGGUCCACUCGAGAACCUCAUCCAUGGGAGUUCGAAGGAAGCAUAUUCGGGCUCCUAGUGGGGCAACGGAAGCCGAGUUCGAUGCGGCUUUGGACGCCGCUGUCGAGGCUGCUUAUGAUGAUGGCUUUGAACCCACGGGUGCUACACCAUCAACUCGGUACGACUAUGAUGACGACGAUGAGAUUGUUGCCAAUGUUAGGCGAAGGGUAGAAUUGGCAAAAGAAAGGGUACGCCAGAGUGAACGUGAGGCUGCCAUCCAGGACGCACGGGACCGAGAAAGAAAGCGAUUGAUUAUACAGAAAGAAGAACAAAAACUUAACAUUGACGAUGACUAUGAUGGAAAUGAGUCCGAGGAAGAAGAACGAAUGUUGGAGGAGAUGACGAGAGGAUAUGUCAUGGAGGAUUUCGAAUUCGGUUUGCAAUCCAAGUCUGCCUUGCCCCGGGAGUCUGAUUCAAGUGGAUUUUCGGGACGAACUUGGAACAGCUCUAUCGGAUCCAAUCCUACCACUGCCGGAACAACAUUAUCCACUGUUGCUGAAACAUCAUCGAUCCCACAAAUACCUUCGAUACAGGCAAAAUCACAACUCCCAACACACCCACCUCCCUCACAAGCUCUUCCACCGCCUCCGAAUGCUGCAUCUCAACCACCACCGCUGAGUACUGCCAAUUCUCAAGGCGUUCGAAGCAGACGAUUGUCUGGGCAGAAUGCAAGGCAACUUAAGAUCGAGACUACCACCAGAACUCCCGCCGUUCCAGCACCAUCAACCCAGCCCCCCUUGAUGCCCCCACCACCUCAGACUAAUGGCAGCGUUGCUGUCCAGCCUAAGACCCCCGGACUGCCUCAACAACGACAAACGUUACCUGGCACAUCAAGCAAGCCACCUGUGCCUCAAUCUGCUCGACAGGCCUCGUCUCCGUUCCCAGGCCCUAGCCCAUCCGAAGUCAUUCUUCCACCGACACCAACACUUGCCCAGACGUUCACAAACGACAGUGAGAAUGGACAGUUGCCUCGCUCUGGCUCCCCUGGUCGUGUACAGUCAAGGACGGGGCUACGAAAGAAUUUCUCGUCUUCGAGCUUGAAGAAUAUGAAGAGUCGCAAUCUCUCCGUCUCAAACAUAGAUGAUGGCUCCGACGUUUCCCCGAACACUCCCCUGAGCUCACAAUUUAACCCGAGAGAGACAAAUGGAAGGCUUCCUGCAAUUCCAACUCUACCCACCCCUAUCGCCAUAGCUUUUAAGGAAAAGCAAAAUGGCGUUACCACCGGAGGAAUGUAUCUCUUCGACGGUGAUAUACACUCUCCGGAUAGCCCAGGCUCGCCGAAUCCUCUUAACGCAGGUGCACCAAUACCUCUAGAACCUUGUCCUACAGAGUAUCUACUUCGUCCGUUCUGGCUCAUGCGAGCCUUGUACCAAACCAUUGCGCAUCCCAGAGGGGGUUAUCUCUCAACCAAGCUUUUUGUUCCACGUGACGUAUGGAGAGUCAAGGGGGUCAAAAUCAAGAGCGUCGAAGACAAGAUUGCCAAUUGCGAUUUCCUCACGGCUGCUCUGAUGAAGCUCGCCAAAGUCGAUACUUUCGAUGCUGAUGCCGUUUUGGUGGAGAUGCAGUCUUUCGAGGGCGUCCUCGAGCAAGUUCAAGCAACUUUGACGAGGAAGCUUGGUAAUGAAGUUGGAGUUCAAGGCUCAGGAGGAAUGUUCAAGGAUGCGUCCGCUGGGGCAGACGGUGAGACGAGCAAUCUUACCUCGAAGUCUGGAAGCGUAUCAAGCAAGUCCUCUGGGUUCUCUUGGCGAAGGUUACGAUCCAAGAAUUCUGGCGUCGGAUUGUCGAACGCGUACGCGAACAAAACGUCUGGUGAUGGCUCAAAGGAAGGCCUAAGUAUGACAACUUUGCCAAUGACCUCAACGUCUGUUGCCAAGGUACGAUUUGCGAAGAGGGAUGUGAGCCAGAUUCAGUUUUCAGGGCCGAACGCAAAUUACAUGAGUGCGCUAGCGAAGCUCUUUGAUGCUGCGCAAACUCUUGAUCAAAUCGCUCGUCAAGUUGAAGAUCCAGGUCUAAAACAUGCGGACAAAACGCAAGUAGGUCUCGAGCUCUGUACUCGCCACGCCGCCGAAUUCUUCGGCUUCUAUAUAUGUCGCUUCGUUCUCACCGACAUCGGAAUGCUUCUGGACAAGUUCAUCAAGAGAGGAAGCGAAUGGGUUCUUGUGUGA